UGUUGUGCGCAGAGCCACGUGCUCUCCUUCUGAUAGAACUACUAGAAUAGAGCUACUCAAAGAUUCAAACCACCUAAUCACCUUGGUGGUUCCUCAACACUUCUCCUCUUUUCAUCUUCUUCAAUCUACUCCUGUCAGCUUCGCCAAUAAACAAUUUCUGCGACUGCCCGAUAUUGAUUUCCUUGUUGAACGAUGAAGCUUUGAAGUUUGUCUUCUUACUCCUUUGUUACUUCUCUGUCACUGCCAAUUCUUCAAGGAGAUGAUGCUCAUAGAAUACCUUCACAUAGUCACUUUCUCACUGCUGUUCUGUUGGAUCCUCCUAGACUUUGUAGAAUUAAGGAGGUCCUCCAUGGUAGCUGGAGAGAUUGGGCAAGUGUUGGUGCACAAAAAGACAAAGAUCAUGGCUGAGAUUACAGUUGCCUGUAACAUCUAAAUCUCCAUUCUUUACCUGGGUUUUUGCAUCCAUGGAGUUUGGAAACUGGAGAGGAUUUCUUUGGGAUAUGUUCUCUUAACAAUGUCAUGGCUUCUGGUAACUCUCUAUGCAACUUACUGCAAGCAAAAAAGAGCAGGAGCAAGCUGCAGUUGGCCUCUAGUGCUCGUUUCCUGGUGGGUCUUCUCUAGCUUACUUGAUCUCAUCUCCAUCUCGGUCUACCUCAUCAGCCUUUGGAACAAAACAUCAUUGCGUAAUACUAUUCCAGCUGCAAGCAUUGUGGAGUUCACUUCCUUCCCCAUAUCUGUUUUCCUCUGCUUCACUGCUCUUUUCAUGUGUUCCUCGAAGACAAAUCUGGACCUGAAACAAUAUCUACUAUUGAAUGACGAAGAUUGUGCCGGUAGAGAUAACUUCUCCAGAGCUGGCUUCUGGAGCCGCCUCACAUUUCGAUGGAUGAAUCCAGUCUUUGAGAAGGGUCGAGCUGAAAGGCUCGAGCUUUCACAUAUACCCAGAGUUCCUCCAUCUGAGACUGCAGAAAGUUCCUUUUCUUUUUUGCAGGAAUCACUUCGUGACCAGAAAACCGAAUCAGCUUCACUUUUGAAAGCAAUCAUUCAUGCUGUUUGGAGGCCUUUGGCUGUGAAUGCAGUCUUUGCUGGCCUCAACACAUUUUCUUCCUACAUCGGUCCUUUCCUGAUCACCAACUUUGUGGAAUUUAUCUCUGGGGAAGAUUCCAGCCAUGGACACUACUACGGGUACAUACUGGCUUGUCUAUUCUUUUUUGCAAAGACAGUGGAAUCACUAACUCAACGGCACUGGUACUUCGGUACACGCCAAAUCGGUGUACGGGUUCGAGCAGCCCUUAUGGUAGCCAUUUAUAACAAGUCUCUUCUGAUGAAGCACUCCGGCAGGAGCAUGGGAAAGAUAAUAAAUUUCCUCGAUGUAGAUGUAGAAAGGAUCGGUGACUUCUUCUGGUAUAUACACGGUAUUUGGUUGCUCCCCGUCCAGGUCUCUUUGGCUCUACUUAUUCUUUACAGAAAUCUUGGUGCAGUAGCCUCAUUCUCGGCACUAGCUGUGACAAUCCUAGUGAUGGUGAGUAACACACCACUGGCAAAUCUACAGGAGAGGCUCCACUCUAAGAUCAUGGAAGCAAAAGACUCGAGGAUCAAAGCGACAGCAGAGACAUUAAAAUGCAUGAGGAUAUUGAAACUGCAUUCCUGGGAAACCGCUUACUUGAACAAGCUCCUCCAACUUAGAGAUGUGGAGAGGAGUUGGCUCAGGAGAUAUCUCUACACAUGCUCUGCUAUUGCCUUCCUGUUCUGGGCAUCUCCAACUUUGGUUUUGGUCAUUGCCUUCGGUGUCUGCAUUUUGGUGAAUACACCCCUGACUGCUGGCACAGUCCUCUCAGCUCUAGCGACAUUCAGAAUCCUACAAGAGCCAAUUUAUAAUCUUCCUGAGCUUGUCACCAUGAUCACGCAAACAAAAGUAUCGAUCGACAGAAUCCAGGACUUCAUAAAAGAAGAGGAACAGAAGCAGUUGAGGCCAAGCUACAAAAUGAAAACCUCAGGCAUUGCUGUAGAGAUUGAGCCUGGCGAAUACAACUGGGAUGCUGAUUCUAAAUCGAAAAAACCCACACUCAAGAUUAAUAAGAGGAUUCAGAUCAUGAGAGGAGAAAAGAUAGCAGUGUGUGGGACUGUUGGAUCAGGUAAAUCAAGUUUCCUGUGUAGUAUCAUGGGAGAAAUUUCGAGAACUAAUGGCAGAAGAAUUAGUGUCUUUGGGUCAAGAGCAUAUGUUCCACAAAGUGCUUGGAUCCAGACUGGAACAAUUCAAGAAAAUGUGUUAUUUGGGAAGGAGAUGGAUAGGAGAUGGUACCAGCAAGUGUUGGAAGCUUGUGCUUUGGAUAGAGAUAUUGGAAACUGGGCUGAUGGGGACUCAACUGUGGUGGGAGAGAGGGGUAUUAAUUUGAGUGGAGGGCAGAAGCAGAGGAUUCAACUGGCAAGAGCAAUCUAUAGCAAUGCAGAUAUCUAUUUGUUGGAUGAUCCCUUCAGUGCUGUCGAUGCACACACUGGCACGCACCUCUUUAAGGAAUGUUUAAUGGGGCUAUUGUCCAGUAAGACCGUCAUUUAUGUCACGCAUCAACUGGAAUUCAUAGAUGCAGCAGAUCUAAUUCUGGUAUUGAGAGAUGGAAAGGUGGUCCAGUCUGGUAAGUAUGAAGAUCUGCUGAAGGACACUAAUGGGGACCUUGUACAGCAAAUAGCUGCACAUAAUCAGUCAUUAAGUCAAGUCAGUCCAUCAAAAGAACAUGGUCUAUUGAUGAGCACCAGAUAUAGGAUGAAGCAAAAGGAUCUUAGAGAAGUAAAAUAUUUUGAGAAUAGUGGAAUCUCCGAGCUUGCAGAGAGAUCAUGUGAAGAAGAAAGGGAAUUUGGAAGAGUGAAAUGGCAUGUUUAUCACACCUUUAUGACUUCAGCAUAUAAAGGAGCUUUUGUCCCGGUACUACUAUUAUGUCAAAUUCUCUUCCAGGGUUUCCAGAUGGGCAGCAACUACUGGGUUGCUUGGGCAACCCAAAAGGAGGCUCAAGUUAGUAGAGAACAACUAAUUGGAAUUUUUGUUCUACUGUCUGCCGGCAGCUCAAUGUUUAUCUUAGGAAGGGCAGUUCUGCUUGCAACCAUUGCAAUUGAAACAGCUCAGCAGCUAUUUCUUGAAAUGAUAACAAGCAUUUUAAGAGCACCCAUGUCAUUUUUUGACUCAACACCUUCCAGUCGCAUUCUUAACAGGUCCUCAACAGACCAAAGCACUGUUGACACAGAUAUUCCAUACAGACUGGCUGGGUUGAUAUUUGCACUUGUUCAGCUUCUUUGCAUCAUCAUUCUCAUGACUCAAGUGGCCUGGCCAGUACUCAUUCUCUUCAUUAUCGUAUUUGCAAUCUCCAUCUGGUAUCAGAAUUACUACAUCAGUGCUGCUAGAGAAUUAGCUAGAAUGGUUGGAAUUCGAAAAGCUCCUAUCCUCCACCAUUUUUCUGAAUCACUUGCUGGAGCUGCUACCAUUCGAUGUUUCAAUCAGGAAGAGCGCUUUUCUAAAAGGAACCUCACAUUGAUUGAUGAUUAUUCUCGAAUUACCUUUCACAACUAUGCAACUAUGGAAUGGCUAUCAGUUCGAAUCAACUUUCUAUUCAACCUUGUAUUCUUUGCAAUGUUAACCAUCUUGGUCUCCAUGCCCAGAAAUGAUAUUGAUCCAAGCCUUGCAGGACUUGCUGCAACAUAUGGUUUGAACCUAAAUGUACUACAAGCUUGGGUUAUAUGGAACCUCUGCAAUGUAGAGAACAAGAUGAUCUCUGUCGAGAGAAUUCUGCAAUUCUCAGUCAUACCUAGUGAGGCUCCUUUGGUAAUUGAGCACUUCAGAGCACAACAAGGCUGGCCCACAUCUGGAACCAUUGAACUUGAUGAUCUCAAGGUUCGUUACAGCCCUAAUCUUCCUAUGGUCCUAAAAGGUAUCAAUUGCACUUUCCCUGGGGGAAAGAAAAUUGGAGUUGUAGGCAGGACAGGAAGUGGAAAGUCGACGCUCAUCCAAGCUCUUUUCAGAGUAUUAGAACCAUCAUCAGGAAGGAUUGUGAUUGAUGGCAUAGAUAUUAGCCAAAUUGGUCUCCAUGAUUUGAGAUCUAGGUUGAGCAUAAUUCCACAAGAACCAACACUUUUUCAGGGAACUGUGAGGACAAACUUGGAUCCUCUGCAGCAGCAUCCAGACUCCGAAAUCUGGGAGGCACUCUAUAAAUGUCGACUUGGAGAGAUAGUAAAACAAGAUCAGAGACUGCUUGAUGCACCAGUUGCAGAAGAUGGAGAGAAUUGGAGUGUUGGGCAGAGGCAACUGGUUUGCCUGGCAAGAGUACUGCUGAAAAGGAGGAGGAUUCUAGUUUUGGAUGAGGCCACAGCUUCAGUAGACACCGCAACCGAUAAUUUUAUUCAGAAGACCAUAAGAGAAGAAACCAGUAACUGCACUACCAUUACAGUGGCACAUCGAAUACCCACUGUCAUUGACAGUGAUCUGGUUCUGGUGCUCGAUGAAGGGAAAAUUUUGGAGUUUAGUUCUCCUCAAGAUCUUCUAAAAGAUGAAUCAUCAGCAUUCUCAAGAUUGGUGGUGGAUUUCCUGGGGAGGUCCAAGAACCAUCAUGCAGAACUUGAAUUAGAGUAACCACAAAGGUGGAUCAUGGAUUAGUACAUGAACAUGAAAAUUUUCUCUAUUCAUUCCGGAAAUGCAAUCAUCAAAUCCACAUGAGGAUUUGUGUGGCCAGAGAAGAGUCAGCAACAGCGAUACUGCCACAAGAUACAUGAACCGACAUGUAUAGAAAGAGAGGAGAAAAGGAAGAAAGAAAGAAACAACGAAAGGGCUAUGAAGUGUACAGGAUUAUACUCUGAGAAAUCAUAAAUCUAGAAUUAAUGAUAUCAAGUAUGUUUCUGCUACUGAUUGUACCUCGAUCCUAACAAAAAGGCAGUUCAGUGCAUGAAGUUUCUGCUAAUUUUGAGGUCUGAGGGAGGUCAAUCAACCUGGUCUCACCCCUGCAAGAAAGGUAAUUAUAUCCAUGACAAAAAUUUUGCUUACCCAGGUCGCAGAAAAGCAAUUUUACCAUGGCACUGAGGGUCAUUUUCACACUUAUACUACAAUGAAAAAGAUCACAUUUAUUCUUUCAAUUGCUGAGAUGAUCAUCAGGGUUUCUUUUCAUAAAAUAGUCAAUUUAAUAGCUGAAAUCAUGUUUAAGCAUUUGGAUAUUCAAGUCCUGGAAAGAAUAUUGAAGUGGUAAUGAACAAAUCCAUGAUAUAGAACAAAUUUUGUAAUUGCAAGUUCAUGUCAAAUUGAUUAAUGGGAGGUUUUCGUAAGUUCAUAUGGUUA